AUGAAAGCGGAUCCUCAAAUUGACAUGAGCAGCUUCAUCAAAACUGAAUCAGCCCCGGAAGUGGAACUAGAAAGCUGGACCACCGGGGAACGAUGCAUUCCGUACCGCGAUCAAGUCCUAGGAUUGGGAGCUAUUGACUCAAAUGUCGGAGAUGUUGACGUUGAUGAUUAUGCUACUUGCAGAGAACUUGGGCAUGCACGAGUGCCUGCAGUAUGCCUGGCCACUAAAAAAACCCAUCAGAUUGUUGAUCGAUCCACCGGAGAACGGCCGGGCUUAGUGGACGGUGAUUACGUAACGUGUGAAUUUGAGUCCAAGGGUGAUUACCGAAUUGUGUACACUCAGGUCUGUUUGAGAGGGACCAAGGGGAUGCAUCUGAUUGAACUGGCUAGGGAACGCACGAAGACCUGGAAGUUUUGCUUUUAUCAAGCGCUGGUUGCUUUGUUAGCUAAAACGCAAUUGAGAUACAAAUUUGCAACCAGUAACAAUAUUGAUUACAUCUACGACCUUGCCUGGAUGCUGUUUCUUCACGUGGGAAGUCUCAGUAUCAAUCACAAACUUAGAUUGGACGACGUGGUGGUUUAUAAUUACAAUUACUGCGUAGAAUUGGAGUUAGUCCAAGAAUUGAAGGAUGUUGAGAAAAUCUCGGGUGCUGGUUUCAGAUUUUUGGAAAAGGGAGUAAAGAUACGGGCAAUGAAAAGGCCAGAAUUGAUGAAAUUGACUGGAGAGUUGGGACAAGAAAAGAAGAAAUUAUUUUUGGACAAGCCGGUUCAUGAGGGAACGAAGGAAAUAGAGCAGUGGUUUGAUAAAUUACCAGAUAAUUGCAGAAAUUGUGUGUUCAAGACUGGAAAGUUUGCCCUAGCUUUUUGGAAAGACGGCAGCUUUUGGUACCUGUACAAUCCUUAUCGUUGCGACAAGUUUGGGUUUUGGGAUGAUAAUGGGAAGGCGAGUGUCAUUAAGUUCUGCUCGAGGGUCGCUUUGAGAAGACAUUUGAUGAUUUUACUGGUUAGGGCGUAUGCUUAUAGGGUUAAUGGUGGUGAUUUGGAGCAAAAGGAAGAUCAUUUUGAGGAUUUAAAAAGCGAAAAAAUUGGUGCAGAUAAUAAAGAUGAUGGAAAUGUGGAAAGUGGAGAAGUAAAUUUUACAAAUGAUGAAAAAAAAUUGGAAAAUGUAAAUGAUGGAGAAGUUCAGGAAAAUGAUGAGGGUAAUUUAGAAAAUGAAGAAAAUAAUUUGGAAGAAAAUGAAGAUGAAAAUCCGGAAAGUGAUGAAAAAAAAUUGGAAAAUAUGGAGAAGUUCAGGAAAAUAAUGAGAUUAAUUUAG